GCUGCGGCGGGGUCGGGCGCGGGGAGGCGCGGUCGCUGCCGCCGCCACCUGAGGCGGAGGAGCGGGGCCGGAGCGGCGGGACCCCGCGCUGAGGCUAUCUAACAGAAGAAGAAAGUAACUUUACUGUUGUUCUGUCACGAUGGGGUCGAUUGUUUGGGAAUGUGGUUAGACAUAUUAAUACCUUAACCUAACACUUGCUAUAUAAUACUGCAAAAAGAAAAGACAAGAUAUCUAGCAUGUCUGUCUCUAAUACGUCAUCUUCUGGACUGAGCUAAGGAUGUUGUGUGCAAAGAGGAUUCUGGUUUUGAAGAACCUUAAACAAGGAGUGAGAACACCGCCGCUGAAGUGAAAUCUGGGGGAACAUGAGGAGUUGGAGCUUUCUGAUUGGGCUCAACAGCCAGCCCCAUUCCCAGUGUGGAAGAAUGGCUAUUAGCUGGAUGUUCUGUUACCUUUGGCUUUGGGAUGUUUUGAUGGGGCACACGAGAGGGCACAGUUUAUUUUCUUGUGAGCCCAUCAUCUUGCGGAUGUGCCAGGACCUGCCUUACAAUACCACCUUUAUGCCUAAUCUUCUGAACCAUUAUGACCAACAAACAGCAGCAUUAGCAAUGGAGCCAUUUCAUCCAAUGGUGAACUUGGAAUGCUCCAGAGAUUUUCGACCAUUUCUGUGUGCCCUCUACGCUCCUGUGUGCAUGGAGUACGGCCGUGUCACUCUCCCAUGUCGCAGACUUUGCCAAAGAGCAUACAGUGAGUGCUCCAAACUCAUGGAGAUGUUUGGGGUCUCUUGGCCUGAGGAUAUGGAGUGCACCAGAUUCCCAGAUUGUGAUGAGCCGUAUCCUCGUCUUGUUGACCUCAAUUUAGCUGGGGAGCCCACAGAAGACACCCCAAUGGCAGUACAGAGGGAUUACGGUUUUUGGUGUCCUCGGGAGUUGAAAAUAGACCCUGAUCUGGGUUACUCUUUCUUGAGGGUACGGGACUGUUCCCCUCCUUGCCCAAAUAUGUACUUUCGGCGUGAAGAACUCUCCUUUGCUCGCUACUUCAUCGGAGUCAUCUCCAUCGUCUGCCUUUCUGCUACCUUGUUUACUUUUUUAACUUUCCUGAUAGAUGUCACAAGAUUUCGCUAUCCAGAAAGACCGAUAAUAUUUUAUGCUGUCUGUUACAUGAUGGUGUCAUUAAUUUUCUUCAUUGGCUUUCUGCUUGAAGACCGAGUAGCGUGUAAUGCAUCUAGCCCGGCCCAGUACAAGGCUUCCACAGUGACACAGGGCUCUCACAACAAAGCCUGCACCAUGCUUUUCAUGGUGCUCUAUUUCUUUACCAUGGCUGGCAGCGUUUGGUGGGUCAUUCUGACCAUCACGUGGUUCUUGGCAGCUGUGCCAAAAUGGGGCAGUGAAGCAAUUGAGAAGAAAGCAUUGCUCUUCCAUGCCAGCGCCUGGGGCAUUCCAGGAACUCUGACCAUCAUCCUCUUAGCAAUGAAUAAAAUUGAAGGUGACAAUAUUAGCGGCGUAUGUUUUGUUGGCCUCUAUGAUGUGGAUGCAUUAAGAUACUUUGUACUUGCACCUCUCUGCCUGUAUGUUGUUGUCGGAGUUUCCCUUCUGCUAGCUGGCAUUAUCUCCCUCAAUCGGGUUCGCAUUGAAAUCCCGUUAGAAAAAGAGAACCAGGACAAACUAGUGAAGUUCAUGAUCCGGAUUGGCGUGUUCAGUGUUCUGUACCUCGUGCCGCUGUUGGUUGUAAUUGGCUGCUAUUUCUAUGAGCAGGCUUAUCGAGGUGUGUGGGAGACGACAUGGAUUCAAGAACGCUGCAGAGAAUAUCACAUCCCGUGUCCCUAUCAGGUCACUCAGAUGAGUCGUCCAGAUUUGAUUCUCUUUCUCAUGAAGUAUCUUAUGGCUUUGGUUGUUGGGAUACCCUCUGUCUUCUGGGUUGGAAGCAAAAAGACCUGUUUUGAGUGGGCUAGCUUCUUCCACGGACGCAGGAAAAAAGAGGUUGUAAAUGAGAGUCGUCAAGUGCUGCAGGAGCCAGACUUUGCUCAGUCUCUUCUGAGAGACCCCAACACCCCCAUCAUCCGGAAAUCCAGAGGCACUUCUACCCAGGGCACCUCGACUCAUGCCUCCUCCACCCAGCUGGCCAUGAUGGACGACCAGAGGAGCAAGGCAGGCAGUGUCCACAGCAAAGUCAGCAGCUACCACGGCAGCCUGCACCGCUCGCGCGACGGCAGGUACACUCCCUGCAGCUACAGAGGCGUAGAAGAAAGACUACCUCACGGCAGCAUGUCACGACUGACUGAUCAUUCCAGGCACAGCAGUUCGCAUCGGCUUAACGAACAGUCACGUCACAGCAGCAUCAGGGAUCUCAGCGGCAACCCAAUGACACACAUCACACACGGGACCAGCAUGAACCGCGUUAUCGAGGAGGACGGCACCAGCGCUUGAGCCGCUGGAUGGGAACAGAGCAGCUGCCGGGGUCGCGGUCCCCUCCUCAGCAAUGUCCUGGCACUCAGUAUUAUCAUGCCUCUCAUCGGGUGCUGAUUUUGUCCAUCAGGAAGCCGAAGCUUCUUCAUGUUGAAGCCAGCGUUCUUGUACUUGAGUCAGAGCUAGUGUUCAGCAAUCUUGAAUUAUUGAGUAAAAAGCCGGUUGCCUCCUUUGAACCUACCUGUAGGUAAUUAUUUAUUCAAUAACUGUUACUCAUCAGACACCGUUGCUGAAUUUCUUAGUCUUUGUUGGAAAAAGCCUCCCCCUGCCUCCGAUGGCUCUGCGUGUCGGUAGGUGUUCCCCUUGAAAACUGGCAGGGUCACGCUGAGAUUUUUCCUUCCCAGGCACAAGGGAACUCUUGAAUAUGGAAGGCAUUCCUCCCGCACCUCCCGGAUUAGAUAACACCCGUCCUUGUCUUCAUCAACGGGGAGGGGGCGCGUUAAAUGCCGUGUAAAGGACGUCUGUGUGGACCGGCAGGCGUUUCUAAUGGUCACACUGGAAAUGCCACAUGGGGAUGAGUGUUUUGGAGAAGGAAAGGAAAGGAAUUUCUGCUGAGGAUCGUGCCAGAGCGGUUCAGGCCCAGUUGUUGGGGUGGGGUGGGGAGGGUGGGAAGAGUGAGGCAGGGAAGGGUGAUUUUUGUAUGACUUGGAUCGUCCUUGCUUUUUUACAAAAGACUAUUUAAAUUUUCUACUUGUUUACAGUUUCUGUAGGAAGAGAUCCGUUUUAAAACCAGUUCUCUAGAUCAUAGUUGGCCACUUAUUUUUUAGAUUAAUGUACAAAAGCUGAGAUUGCCUGUUCCUGAUCUAUUUAAAGAAAAAAAAAAUACUAGUAAAGCUGGAUUUGUCGCCCAGACAGGAAUGUACAAACAGAACAAAACCUGUUUACAAACCCCAUAACCUGAGUGAGGAGGGCUGAGGAUGCGAGGAGUUCAGUCAGGGGUGGCCCACUUUCCUUGCACCAUCAGGGCUAUUUUUGGAGAGGAUUCUCUUUGUGCAGAGCAAGAAUUUAUGCAAGAAUUUAGAAAUGGUGGGAGAAAUUGAGGCAGGAGCUGCCUGCAGGUGGGAAAGAGUGGGAUCCAACAGUCGGAAGUGUACUUGAGGAGGAGGUGGGUAUCCACCAUCAGUUGUUGGCUCCUUCCCAACUGGGGAGCUUGUCAUAACAACCGACCUCGGCUGUAGGUUGUUUUAUUUUCAUUCCCUACUACAGCUUUGCAGUAGAGAAUUCUCAGUUUGGGCUUUUUUGUGUGUAAAUAAUCUGUUGGGGUACAGCGAGUCUCUGCUGACACUGCAGGCAAAAGCCAACGCGUGUCUCAGAGGGGGCAGUAGAUCUUCUGAAGCACCUACUGUUAAGAUUCAUUCAGCGUGAGGAAACCCCGAUUGCGUUUAAACCUACCUCAGUAAUUACCACACAUCGUUGCUGGGAAAUGAAUCCCUAUUUUUUCAUUGUCCUUACUUAAUUCCCUUUCUGACCUGUUGGAGGCACGUUAAAAGCCUUCGUACGCGCUUCGGCAGCACAGGCUCGAGGGCAGGUCUGGGGCAGCAACCCGUGGUGCUCCUUGCAGAGGCUUUCCCCAGCGGCAGAAGCGGAGCCACGCUGCAAUUACUCAUUUUAAUUGUAGCUGAUGACACAACAGCACAGCACGGAGCCGUGUGCCCUGUGGAAUCACAGGUUGCCCUGGGAGUCACCGUGUCUUAGAAAUGCAUUUCUAAGUAUCGUCUCUUUUGAUUCUACCAGGCUUUUGCUCCAAAGGAGAAGCACAAACCAAACCCAACAGGGAAUAACAAAGCUUAGCCACAGCUCCGUGCUCUCUUUAUUGUGAAUCCAGGGAGGGAGUGGCUGCACCACCCGCCCCAGGGCAGAGCAGCCUCUGCUUUGAGCAAACACCCCGGGGGACGUCUGCGGGAUAACUGUCCGGAUAUGCUGGAUCACCUCUUUGGAAGCAGAUGGGUAUGAAAAAUCUUUUGAGUGACUUAAACUACCCGGAAGCCCCUGAGGUGGAACCCGUCUUUAUUUUCAAAUUCAGCUUCUACAGAAUAACCUGCUGCUUCAAAGGGGGUGAGAGCUGUAGGAACCUUGAUCUGCAGAAGGAGCCGGUAGCUGAUUUUUUCCUAAACACCAUAACUGAACUAAAUAACUGAACCCUAAACUAAGGGUUUAGGUUGAUCAUCUCAGCUCAAUUUCCAGUACUUCUGGGUUUUUUAAACUGUGGCAAUGCUUCGAAUUGUUUAAAGUCAGGGAGGGGAAUGAUGAUGGAGAUUUGAAAUAUAUCCUGCUUGAAAUGGUGUUUAUUUGUGAGGUUUAGUGCCCAGGUUGUUUCCGGAUCUCAGCUGUUCCUUGCUUGUGUAUCACGUAGCCUCCUGUCACCCCGGAGGAGGUGGUUAAAAUGUAGAACUCGAGUCCUGGCUGGGUUUUUUGCCCUCCCUACUCCUGUAAUCCUGAGCCCUACCUUUUAUCUUUGACACCUGAACUUGCAUGCCACGCUCUCUCUGUGCAAAGCACUCCUUCCUGGGAUUCAAACCCGUUCCCAGUGGCUGUUUCAGGUUUCCUGGGUAAGAUCACAUCAGCCCUAAUGCAGUUCCCCAGCUGGGGCACUCACAGGGCUUCACCUCCAAAAUCAUCGCACCAGGGGGCUUUGAAGCAUAUCCGAGUUUGAAUGCAGCCCAACUGGGGUACCUCAGUGUGGGUUUAGGGGGCUUUCCCACUUGGUUCCCCCUGUUAACCGGCACAGCUCCAGUAUGGUUGCCUGGUCUCUGGGGCUGGCACCGAUCUCUGAUUUCCCCUGGAGCUUCAACCCCUGCCCAGGACAGCAGCACUGCACUUGCUGAAACACUCCGGAUGCUUUGGGCUUCAGCUGACCUGACACACUUGUAGCUGAACAGAUGCUCCUCAUGAUCAACAGCAGCGCUUUGUCCCUCUCCAGCAGCCCCUGAAAGCUUGACCCUCUCUGCUCCGAAGCCAUCCGAGAAGUUGUACAUAGCCCAGAUUCUCCAGCUUGUCCCAACAGCAGGUUAAUGUGUCUCCAUCCUAUGCACGCGAUGACCGAAGCUCCAAAAUGCUGCUUUGCAAGAUUGCAAUAUCAAAGCUUCCCAUAAAAUCCACAGCUUCUUAUUCCCAGCAUUCCCAGGGAGCUGAAUCUCCCGGUUUAUCCCACUGCAAGCGCGUUGCACAGUGUGCUUUGCUCCGAGAGCUUUGCUGUCCUCUCCAGGCUAUGUCAGGGCCGGCGAGCGCUCGGCUGCGUCUGGUGAACGUGGACAUCGGCCUGAUUGCCGCUGACAGCAGAUUCCCCUGAGUUUGUGCUGUUCCUUCUUUCUUCAUCCCUUCGUGGUGCUCGUCAUUCAGUGAAAUAUCCCAAAUCAGAGAUGCGGCCGUGUUGCAUGGAAGAAGCUCUCUCAGGCCGACGCAAGCUGCCCUCACGCUGGGUCGGUAGCACUUGUUGGUUUAAAGUGUAAAAAAUCCAACAGCAGCAAAAAGCCACGUUUUAUUGUACAUUGAUCUGUGCUCCUGAGUGCUCUGCCCUUCCUUGGAGCUUAGACCUGAGUUCUGCUGCGGAAGGUUUAGGUACAAGCUGGACCUAGGGGGGGCAGUGAGCUCAGGGCUGCAGCGGGUGGCUCCAGCGAAAAUCCAACAGUGCUGCCGAGUCAUUCUGGCAAGGGGAGGGAAAACCCUUUGGAAAGGGCUGGGAAGACCAUAAGAAGAGCUGGGCAAGAAGGAGUAAUGCCCACCCUUCCAGGGCGGCAAUGCUGCAGCUCCGGAGGGGCUGAGGACCCCAAAAAAGACAGCAGCAGGGACUGGGCAGCCCUGGCGGCACUGAGAAACCAGAGUGCAGAGUGGGAGUCAUCCUGAGGUUCAUCUUGAGCAGCAGAAUGUCAAAUUGAAUGUGAAACUUAACUCCUGUCCCAAUGUACCACUUCCAUAACUGGAUUGGGAGUUGUUUUCGCCCGAGGCAUUUUUUGCCUGUCAUGAAGGGCUGGUGGGUCCCUGUGCUGGGGGACUCAGUGCACGCACCAACGCUGCCGCCGCUUCCAGUGCUUUCCCUUGAUGAACUCGUGGUCCUGUUGCAAUGCCAUCCUCUUCCGAGCAGGAGAGGAAGAAGCUUUCGUGUCCAUCAGACCUGCAGGUAGCGGGUGCACAUGGCUGUUAGCAUGAGGUAGCGCCUGGCCAUAGCUGACAACUCGCCCGCAGCUCUUGGUAGACUCGUCCAUGGUAGUCCAGUGUCGGUUUUGUAUCAUUUAAUUUUUAGCACUUUAACUGUGAGUGUACAAACUGAUUAUAAUGUAGUAGGUGUACAUUUUCAUUUGGGUCCUUUGCAAGUUUUUAAUAAAACGAUGGAAAAAUC